UUCCAUCAAGUUGUACUGAUCAAAUCUAAAGUAAUGGAGUCGACAAAGACCACGAGGACUUCUGACAUGGAUAAUAGUAGUAGUACUCCUACUGAUGUUCCUUCGGCACCUUCAUCGUCUGAGCAUACGACCGUAGAAGUGGUUCUAAGGGAUCGUCAACAUCCUGCGGGUGUAACACCGGAUGUUAAGCGACGGAGAACUAAGAGACUUUUUAAUGAAUUUGGCGGGACUGAAGAGUUACCAACAAAUUUCGAGAUAUACACUUGGUAUUUAUAUGGACUUUGUUCAUAUUUCAUUAUAACUUUUGUGAUUCCGCUUCUCUUCCCUCUGAUUAUCAGUCAAGUCGUAUCAUCUUCCUCGUCCCCAGCAGCAUCUCAUGUACAAGCAAGGAAUCUUGAGAGUCUCAAAGACAACUUGCAUUGCAGAGUGAAUGAAAUGAGUUUGUACAAUGGUCUAACUCAACCAUCUAUCAAAGUAUUGAAUUCCAAAUUCUCACCACUGGAGUGGACAGCAUUAUCAUGGGGUAUCGGGAUAGUGCUAGUUAGUCCAAUUCUUUUCUACUUAUCUCCUUACCUCGAUCAUGGCCGUCGACCUCUCCAGAAACUCAUUUUCACUGGUGCUAUACUGAUCGGUUCACUAUCUUGCCUCCCUGUUGGUUUUUUCAAAGUGAAAUGGAUUUUCAUUCCUUACACUAUAUCAAUUGUGAUCGGUAACGUCGUAAGUACCACCUUCGAAACCCGUCAUCUCGGUUUAAUGGUUCGGGGUUUCUUCAUGGGCUCUAGCAUUCAAAAGAAUCAAUUCCACGAGCGUAAAAACAUCAUUACGUCUCUCUCACUUUACGGUACCGCUGCUGGUUGUGUUGCUGCAGCUGCAUUCUCUGCUUUCACAUAUCACAUGCUCCAUUACACCGAGAAACUCACAAGUUUAUGGGUCGUUUCGAUUUUUAGCGGUCUUUUGUGGUUCAUUGGAACUGUUCAUGCAUUAUCCGCAAACCGGCCUUCAUCCGCAACACCACCUGCAAGUACCGCUACAAGGACUACUCAUCUGCUGUCCGUAUUCAAGUAUCCCCAUGCUGUAGGAAGUUUGAUUUCAGUACUGAUUUCAUCAUUCACAUCAACUUGCAUAUUCAUGGGGGGUUUCCAUUACGUCGUAGGGCAACUAUGCGUCAAACCGGUCUUCCUUCUCUUCCUGUUCUUAAUUUACUUCAUCUUCCCAUUGUUUAGUCUCCCACUCUUCCACCCAUUACAACUAUUCAUGAAAACAGAUGCAGUGAGAAUGCAAUUCUUAGGAUUCUUCGUCUCGGCGAUUACGUCAGGGGCCGGUUUCUAUUUCAAGAACAAGAACUGGAAUCAUGUUCACUUGUCAAUACUGGUUGCGUUUCAGAGUUUAUCUGUUGGGGUUUUGCAUGCUUUUGGUCGAGUUUUGUUGUUGGACUGCACACCGCCGAAUAAAGAAGGUGUUUUCUCAGUAUGGUUUGCAUGGACUAGAGCCGUGGGUGCAUGUAUCGGUUUUAUAGUUUCAUCAGCUUUCUUCGACAAAGUUGGAAUCACAUUUGGUAUAACAUUUUGUAGUGUCAUUGCUGGUAUGAUUGUUUUGGUUUUGGGAAAAGUGAGUCACUUAAGUGGACUUGUUGCUGCUGGUCAUGUUGCAGAGGAAGAAGAGAAUGUUGUUAUGAGUGAAAAAGGGUCACCGGAGGAUGCCUGAAACCUGCAAACCAAGUAUUUUCCGGCGAUAACAUCAAGCUCUAAAAAUUGGUUCAAUCUGGUUUUUUCCUUUUUCUUUUUGCCUCAUUGUAUUUGUUUAAUAAAUUGGUUUUGCUUUCA